AUGUUCAAUAUUCAAAAUUCUCCUAAUCCUAGUGAGAUAGGUUUAGGUUAAACCUUUUAGUUGUAAGCACCUUGUGUAACACAUUAAGGCUAGAGUAUAACUAAUUUCUGUAAACAGCCUAGUUGUUUAUUGCCUCUAUGUCCAAAAUGUAUUCCUUAACAUUUGGACAAACAUCGAUAGUAAGGAUAAUUUCCAGACUUAGUCACAGUCGAUGAAAUGCAUGAAGAAACAUUACAACUUAUAAACACUCAUUUAAUAAAUUUGAACUCAGCCAUAUAGUUAUUAUAGUAAUUCAAAGAUUCAAAAACAGAUGCUCAUGGGUAAUUGCACACGAAGCUUAGCAAUGCAAAAUUGAGAGUAUAGUAAAUGGUGGAUUAAUUUUUUGAUGAAUUGUUUAACGAGUUAGAUUAAGUCACAAAGACAGACAGAACAAAUUUAGAUGUUGAAUUAUAAUAAAUGGAAAGAUCGUUAAAUUUAAAAAUUCAAGAAUUUUAAUAGAUUGAUUAAAAACUAAGGACUCCAAAGUAUCUAAAGCAAAUCAUACAAUUAUAAACAACAAAUUUCCUGUAACAAACACAACAAUAGCGAGUUGAAUGUGAAGCAUUUAUUGAAGAAGUCUCUAAACAUACAUUAGAUAUUUAAAUUGAGGAGUAAGAACUAUACUUUCUUAAAAUUCAAUUGGGACAGUACACAUCAAUAAAAAAUGCAGAGUAUUAUAAGAAUCAAUAAAUUUAACCUUCUUCAUUAAUUCCUAAAAAUACAGCUUAUAAUCAUCCAUAUUUGACAAGUGAAAUUUAACCAGCCUAAAUAGAACAAUCACCAUAUAAAAGAUUGGAACAAUAAUUUUAACAAGUUGGUAUCUCCAAUUUUACCAUAAAUUUACCAGAUUUCUACGAUCCUCUUUGUAGUUAAAAAUAUUUGCAUUACUUCACCGAUAAAUCCGUGUUUUUCUUAAAUUUAGAAUGGGUUUAGAAUCCCAGAUGGCAAGAGGUUAGAUUGAAUUGUUAAGUGCCAAUAAAAAGUUCAUCUGCACGUUCACAAUAAGGAGAUAUAUUUGUCAUAGGUGGUUAUAUUGGAAAUUAAUUGAGUUCUUAAAUUUUCAAAUUGGAUUUGAAAUAACAAACCCUAAUAUCGACUGAUCAACUAUAAUAACCUCGACAUUCAUCAGCUGGAGUAUUCCUAUAAAAUAAACUAUACGUUCUUGGAGGACAAAAUCAGAACGAAGAUUUAAAUACCAUAGAGGGUUUAGAAUUACAAAUGAGUAAGGCGAGGUCUGUUAUUGAAACUAGAGUUAGCCUGCCAAAAAUGAAUCAGGGUGGUGCUAAUUUAUCAGUAUGUGCUUUUCGAUAAUAUGUGAUUAAAGCAACACCAUUGGAAGUAUUUGAUACUAAACUAUUGAAAUGGACCUCUUUUAACAUUAAUAUCAACAGAGGGGUAGGAUUAGUGGCUAUAAAUAAUUCUAAUGUAUUGAUCUUUGGAAAUGGAUAAUAUUAACUAUUAAAGAUGGUGGAUUAACAAAAUUUAUAAUUUACAACCGAGAAUUUACCAAAUCCUCCUUAAAUUGCUUAGGUGUAAAAUGGCAGUUUGAUUCAUUUAGGAAAAAUUUAUGCUGUAACAAACAGUUGCAACUUCAUAAUAGGAACACCUGAAAGAUGGAUAUUAUGA